UUAGGGUCAAUGCCUCUGGCGCUAGUGAAUGGCGCUGUUCGCUCUGCCGCGGCAGGAACAACGUAGAACUUGCCGCUCUCUGACCUCACCACCUACUUUCUCUAUCCCCUGCGCACUCACGCCCUUGUUACUUUGAGGCUGGUGGAGCUGAUGCCUUCGAAAGUUCUCCACCUGUCAGACCCCUCACAAACCUUGGUUCCAUCUCACUAGUACCGAGACGUCCGCCGCCUCUCGGAAGCGCCCACCGAGCUCGGCCUUGCAUCUUACGCACACCUGCAAACAUGGCCGAACAAAGCAUCAACAUACCGCAAGUCGUCGUCUUCGCUGUUGUUGCCUUUCUUGUGUAUCGCUGGUACUCCAGCAAGCCUUCCGCAAGUGGCACGCGACCGACCGCAAUCCGCUCCACGCGCAUAGACCCCGCGCAAAUUGACACAGUAGCCCAAAUGUUCCCACAGCUGAACAGGAGAGAUAUUGCGUGGGACCUGCAAAGUAACGGAGGAAAUGCAGCUGCGACAACUGAGAGGGUGCUGAGUGGCAGAUCUUUGGAUAGCGCACCAGCAUCGUUCCAGCUAUCUGCCGCGCCUGCACCAGCCGUACCUACGAGGCCAGUCGUGGCCUCCGCGAAGCCAAGCCAUCCUGAUCUGAUCACACGAUAUAACCUUUCUUCGAAGCUGAGCCAGCCUCUCGAGCCAACAGAAGAGAAGCCCAAGACAAAAGUUUGGAGCGCAGACCGAAGCGAACGUCAAUCAAACUUACAGAGGAAGCGGGAAGAGAUGAUCCUGGCCGCCAGGAGGAAGAUGGAGGAGAAGGAGAGUGCACAUGCCUCAGGCGCUACAGCAUAGUAGAGUGCGUACAGCUCAGAUGAAGGAACACCAAGUACACAUCACAUUGGAGGUAGAACACCCUAGUAU